UGUGCUCAGAACUACAUCUCCCAGUUGGUUCUGUUUACUCUACAGUUUCAUUUAUAGAAACAGUCGUGUUUCUGACAGCCUGUCGAACAGCACUGCGGCUGAAGGAGGUUCAGGUGACGGUUCCCCACCAUAAACCCCGCCAUGAGCGACAGAACGGAGGAAGAGUCGAUCGUUAUAAUGGAGACAUCGUCAUUCGCUCAGGUAGUUUUUAACGACGUUCCUCCGUCAUACCCGCCGAACACUGCCGUGACCUGCCGGUUCACACUCACUGGAGACCUGCAGCCCAACCCCAGGGACUGGAUCGGUAUCUACAAAGUUGGUUGGAAUUCAGCACAACAAUAUUAUAACUAUGUUUGGGUGGAAGCCCCUCACCUGGACCAAGCUGAACCUGAACAAGUGAUUUUCAAAGAGAGCUACCUGCCCAAGGAAGAUGGGGAGUUUUACCAGUUCUGCUAUGUAGACAGCAGUGGGCAUGUCAAAGGAGCCAGCACUCCAUUCUGCUUUCAAAACCCAGAAGCAAGCCUGGACUGCAGUCUGGAGAAGGACCUGCUGGUCAUAACAACACAGGAGCAGGCAGAGAUAAUGGAGAAAGAGAAAGAAGACUUUCUGAAGGAGAUCGAGUCCUUGAAAGAAACAAAUACAAUCCUGAGAAAUGAGUUGGAUGAAAGACUGCAUGAGUUGAGCCGACUCAGGAGUGCCAUGGAGGAUUUGAGAUCAAAGGAUAAACCGGAAACACCACUGCCAGAUGAACAGAGUUAUAAUACCAUCGAAGAGUCACUGACUCCUCUUCAAGAAAAGUAUGAGAAAGCUGUUCAAAAGAUCUUUGUGCUGAAGAAAGAGAGAACUGAGUUACAGCAACAGCUUGAAAUCCAGGACACUGAAAACCUUCAACUGAGUACCUUGUUGAAAGAAAUGGCAAAUUACAGCAAAGUACAGGACCAGGCCAAGCUGUUACAGCAUUGA